UCGGGCGCCACCUCACUCUGAGCUUUUCUCUACCCUCCACUGUCCACUCUCCAGGGACCCUGCAGCCCCCCGAGAGACCGUCUCCUCCCUAAGGUCCCUCCUUUCCCCUAACUUUCAUCUGGGUCCUCUUCUCCUCCUGAGCCUCGUAGUCCGCCCAGCUUCCAGGACUCCGUUGUGUGCUCGAGCCCCCACCUUCAUCUCGGAUCCUCAGUCCUUGCGCCUCCCUUUCCCUGAAGCACUGGGACACCUCCUUCUGCCAGAGUCCUCCCUUCUCCUCCUGGAAGCAGCCUUUGGGUGAGAGAGGAGAAGUUUCUUUGAGGCUAAUGCCACAUUACUGUGAGGAAGCAUCCUUUUGCCUGGGCAGCAGGGACACAGAUACAGGCCGUGCCCCCUGAGCUGCCCGAGCGGAGGGGAUAGUCGGUCCCAACUCUUUUCCACCUCACUGCAGCUCAGCAGCAGAAACAGUGAGAGAACCCAAAAAAUGUCACCACUUCACAGUCACUGAGAAGCUGAAAUCUUUCUUGACAACCACCUCCACAACUGACCUUCAGGUCUUUGUCAAGUCCCUCUGGAGACAUUUGAUGCCUUAACCCCAGGAUGCUGGAAACCCUGUACGAGUCAUUUUGGAACACUGAGUACUGGCUCCCCUCCGGAUACACUUGGGCUGACUUGGAAGAUUCCGAUGGCAUCACAUACCCCCAUCCCAAAGACCUGCUGGCAGCCAUUCCCCUGACAUUUGUCUUAAUAGUCAUUAGAUAUGGCACUGAGAGGGCCAUAGGGCUACCUUUGAGCAGAGCCCUGGGUAUACGUGAUCCCAUCAGAAUCAGCGCUGCUCCCAACCCCAUCCUGGAGUCAUUUUUCCGGAAACAGAGAAAAAAUCCUGAAAAGUAUGAGCUGAGUCACCUGGCCAGCCAGUGUGGCCUCUCUUUAAGGCAAACAGAGCGCUGGUUUCGACACAGGAGAAACCAAGAGCGACCAUUACUGAGCAACAAAUUUUCUCAAUGCUGUUCAAGAUUUUUAUUUUACUCCUGUUCUUUCUUUGGAGGUUUGCUCAUCUUCUGCAAUGAAACCUGGUUUGGCCAGCCAGAGACAGUGUGGGAUGGAUACCCUAAGCAGCCUCUGCAGCCUGCCAUAUACUGGUGGUACCUUCUGGAGCUCAGUUUCUACCUCUCCUUGCUGAUCACUCUGACCCUUGAUGUGAAGAGGAAGGACUUCAUUGGGCAGGUCAUCCACCAUUUUAUUACAAUCACUUUGAUCUUCUUCGCCUAUUCUGCCAACUAUGUGAAGGUCGGUGCCCUGGUGCUGCUGCUACAUGAUGUGUCAGAUGUCUUUCUGGAGGCUUAUAAGAUGCUAAGUUAUGCACAGUGGAAGCAAGCUCGGGAUGACAUAUUCAUCUUCUUUACCCUGGUGUUCUUGGUUACCAGACUCAUUCUCUUCCCAAAAAAAGUCCUCUAUACCACCUACUAUGUUGCCCAGAAGAAGUCUAAGUUCUUCUUUGGAUACUAUUUUGCAACUACCCUUCUGAUGGCCCUGCAGGGUCUCAAUGUCUACUGGUCUUUCCUCAUCCUCAAAAUGUUCUACAGGUUUUUAUCAGAAGGCCAGGCAAAGAAUGAUGUGAGGAGUGACUUAGAGGAGCUGGACCUGAGUGAUGAAGAGUCAGCAAUGAGACAGCAGAGCAAGGGGAGAAUCUAGUCCAAUGGUGUCAUAGACAUUCAGGCCUGCAGGACAGUGGGGUCUGAGGAACCUGGCUAGCUUGCCCUUGAUUGUCCCAGUGGCAUAACCUAGUCUAGUUCAGUGGGAGGCCCUGGAUGACUGGUCUCUUGACUUCUUGAAGAUCAAAUCACCCUGAGAAAUGUCUCAGAUUCUGAUUGAACAUGGACUCCGUGUAAUUAGAGCUGUGCUGGACGGGAGCCCUCCACUUCUGUCUCUGUGUCUGUCUGUGUCUCCACCUUUACUGGACUUCAAGGUGCAGGUGGAAGGAUGCUGAGGAUUUUAUAGUAAAUUUAGUGAUGUUCUUUUGAAUAGCCUUUCCCUCUGAACUCUUGUCCUUGAACUUGGCUGCUGAGGUCCUCAGGAAAACUGUGUGAUUCUUUCUUUCUGCCUUCACAAUCUAGGCCAGGCUAGAGAUUACAGAGAUAAAGACAGACAAGAAAAGGACAGAAAUCUUUUUCCUGGUUUGUAGAAUUGUGAAUUAGGGAAAUGCCUGUUAGCAAUUUUUAGACAACAUUCUAUCAAGCUAUAACAUUCAUCAAAUGGAAAACAUAGAAACAAAUUUGUAGCAUGAAAUUAUUUCAGUAUAGCAUACAAAAACUCUAUCCUUGAAGGACCAUUUGAAGGUUAUAUCCUAAUCCUUACAGUCCCAUGAGUUCCAAAAGAGUGGGGUGGGAAUGUCAGACUGCCACCAAAUGUCUUUUGAAAAUGAGCUAAUUGAAAGCAGUGGGCUCUAAAAUUUGAGCAUAUGACCCUUGGGAAAAUUGAGAUUUUGAAUGUUACUCUUUGUAAGUGUAAAUCCAUACUUAUUUGGUUGAAGUUUGUUCUGAAACUAAAUUAUAUUGUGGUCUCAUUUACAUUGGGACAUGUUCUAUUAGGAUUGUUGUAAUAAAUUUGAACUUAGUGGAAAACACAUUUGAUAUUAAGGCAAUAUAUUGGAAAAUACAUGGAUCAGGUGAACCUAUUUCAAAUCCAGUCUCAGAAACCUAUUAGCUGUCUUACCUUAAGCAGGUCGCUUCACCUCUGUUUGCCUCCUUUUCCUCAUCUGUAAAAUGGGAUAAUAAUAGCACCCACUUCUUAGGGUUGUUG